GAAAUGCCUUGCUUGUCAUAAUAGUUGCAUUUCCCUCCUUUUUAGAAAACUAAACCCCGAGCUAGGGUUUUCCGCAGUGCAAGGAAGACGAACCCCGGAGCUUUGCAAUGGCGGGCGACGCGGACAUGAACGGAUGGACGGAGCUUCUCCACUCCUCGACGAAGCUGCUUGAGCAGGGCGCACCAUCCACCCAGUUUCCCCCGCUUCAGAGGAAUUUGGACCAGUUAGAGUCGCUCUCGAAGAAGCUCAAGGCUAAAACCCUGAGGGCCGAAACCCCCUCUCAGUCCAUUGCUGCUACCCGGCUAUUAGCUCGUGAGGGAAUUAAUGCUGAACAGCUUGCUCGGGAUCUUAAGUCGUUUGAGAUAAAGACAACUUAUGAAGAUGUCUUCCCUUCAGAAACAACUACAGUGGAGGAGUAUCUGCAGGAGGUACAUGAAAUGACAAUGGUCUCAGCAAUCCAAGAAGCACAAAAGGACAAUUUACGAAGUUUUAGUGACCACAUGAUGCGAGUCCUGGAGGAUGAUUGGCAAAAUGUGAAGAAGGAUUUUAUGCAAAAUUUAAAUAGACUGGCGUCCUUGCCAAGGAUAAAUACUGGCAUUUCAAGCAAUGUUCCCAACCGUGCUGCUCAAAUUUCAUCCAAAGAAUCCAGUCCUCAGGUUUUUGGAGGUCCAUCUACAAGAAACCUCAUAUCUCUUGGAAACAAACCAGUUAUUGAGAGGAAAGCAUCAGUUUAUUCUGAAACUGCAAGGAUUCUCAAUGACACCAGGGGCCGUGGAUUGCCUUUUAAACCUGCUACAGCAUUCAGGAAUGCUUAUGAGAGUCUGGGUCUAGAUCGUUCUGGUGGAAAAUCAGUCACUAUGCAGAAAAUCUGGCACCUAAUUCAGGAAUUGGUUGGUGAGGGAUUUAAAAUUCAGCAAAAUGUUUCAAGAAAAAUGUCUUUGGUAAUUGGGGCAAGGCACCAUCUUGAAUGGGGUCAUGAGAAGUACAUUAUGGAUACUAUUCAGAGCCACCCAGCACAGGCUGCGCUAGGCGGGGCUGUUGGCAAUCUGCAGAAAAUUCGAGCAUUUCUUCGGGUAAGGUUAAGAGAUCAUGGGGUGCUGGACUUUGAUGCAGGGGAUGCUCGCAGGCAGCCCCCAGUUGACACCACUUGGCAACAGAUUUAUUUUUGCUUGAGAACUGGGUAUUAUGAUGAGGCAAGAACCAUCGCUCAAUCAUCUCGAGUUUCCCACCAAUUUUCCCCUCAGCUUGCAGAGUGGAUUGCAACUGGAGGUAUGGUAUCUCCAGAGACCGCUUCCACUGCUUCCGAAGAAUGUGAGAAAAUGCUAAGGAUGGGUGAUCGAGUUGGUCGACCUGGAUAUGACAGAAAAAAGUUGCUUUUAUAUGCUAUGAUCUCUGGUUGUCAGCGUCAGAUUGACAGAUUACUAAGAGAUCUACCAAAUCUUUUCAAUACCAUAGAGGAUUUUUUGUGGUUCAAGCUGUCUGCGGUGCGUGAUUUUCCGAGUGGGUCAUCCUCUGUUGUGCUUAGUGAUGGCUUGGUGCCAUAUAGUGUGGAGGACCUUCAAGGUUAUUUGAACAAGUUUGAACCAUCAUACUACACUAAAAAUGGGAAAGACCCCUUAGUUUAUCCUUAUGUUUUGCUUCUCAGUAUUCAGUUACUUCCAGCCAUUCUACACUUGUCCAAGGAAGUUGGAGAUGAAGGGUAUAACAUUGAUGCUGUUCAUAUUGCUAUAGUUUUAGCAGAUAAAGGUUGUAUAUCUGAAGGUGCUGGAAUAACUCAGAAGAUCGGUAUAAUGGAUCCUUGUGCCGAAGUUGCCAGUAUUAUACGCCAAUAUGGUUCAUUAUACUUGCAUCAUGGUAAUUUGUCAUUAGCAGUUGAAUAUUAUGCUCAAGCUGCUGCUGUUAUGGGUGGGGGAGAAUUAUCAUGGAUUGGACGAGCAAGUGUAGAUCAGCAGAGGCAGCGAAACUUGAUGUUAAUGCAACUUCUAACUGAGGUCCUUCUUCGGGAUGGUGGUAUUUUACUUUUGCUUGGUCCCAGGGGAACAGGGGAAGAGGGUGAACUGGGAAAAUACUUUAUGGAUUGGAAAACUCGAGAACAAUUUCUACUUGAUGCUGCGGCUCAGUCUCAAGAAGCUGGGCUCUAUGAAAAAUCAGUGGAAAUACACAAGAGAGUUGGAGCCUUUGCAAGGGCACUAUCAACAAUAAAUAAAUGUCUUUCUGAUGCUAUCUAUGCUAUGUUGCGUGGCCGAUUGGAUGGCGAUAGCCGGGUUGCAAGUCUUAUUCAAUCUGGGAAUGACAUAUUGGAGACUGUCAAAUACUCGGCAGAUGCUAGCCUUCAAGAAAAGGAACUCCUUUCUGAACAGCAAACAGUGUUACGACAGUUAGAAGCAAUUUUAUCCAUCCAUAAGUUAGCCAGAGCUGGGAAAUAUGUAGAUGCUGUGAGGGAAGUAACUAAGUUAACUUUUCUUCCACUGAAUCCGAGGAUUCCUGAUGUUACAAUGGAUGUAAAUUUAUCUCCACUUGUCCGGGCAUGUGUACCAGAUCUUCUUAAGGCUGCUCUUAGUUCUGCAGAAAAUAUACCAGAUACUGAUGGAACAAUCCGAGCAUUCAAGUCAAAGAUUACAAACUUUGUUGCGAACAAUAUAACGAGGAGUUGGCCUCAAGAUCUGUAUGAGAAGGUUGCCAGAAGCAUUUGAUAGGCACCAACGAGUAUUGGUGAACGCCAGUUCUGGAACAGUUUUGUAGGUGUGCUCUGUUUCCUUGCAGGUAUAUCUACUGGCACGAUAAUUGUCGUCGAGUGAAUUCUCAUAUUCUUACCUGGGAGGUGACGGGAAGCAGAGUUUAUUUAGGCUUUUUUUUUUGGGUUGGAAUUUGCUUGCCAGGUGGAUCAUUUUGUUUGAAAGGGAAUAGUUGGGUGAGCUACUCAUUCGAGUAUCUAACUCUUUCUGCUUAUUUAUUUAUAUAUUAUGGUGGUGUUUUGAAUCAGUAAAUAAACUGUGAGAUCAUUUCAUUAA